CCGGCGGCAGCGAGCAGGCGGUGCCGCGGGGCGGAGCGGGGCGGGGCUCUGACAGGACCCGUGCAGUCCCGCCGGUGCCCGUGGUGGUGCCGGUCCUGCUGCCGCCGUCAUGAGGAGCCGGAGCAACUCGGGUGUGCGUCUGGACGGCUACGGGCGCCUGGUGCAGCAGACCAUCCUCCGCCACCAGGACGCGGUGACCGGGCUGCUCCCCGCCAGCGCCGAGCACCGGGACGCCUGGGUCCGGGACAACGUGUACAGCAUCCUGGCCGUGUGGGGCCUUGGCCUGGCCUACCGCAAGAAUGCCGACCGCGACGAGGACAAGGCCAAGGCCUACGAGCUGGAGCAGAGCGUGGUGAAGCUGAUGCAGGGGCUGCUCCAGUGCAUGAUGAGACAGGUGGAUAAGGUAGAGGCCUUCAAGUACAGUCAGAGUACCAGGGACUGCCUGCAUGCCAAGUAUAACACCCACACCUGUGCUACCGUGGUAGGAGAUCACGAAUGGGGUCACCUACAGAUGGAUGCUACCUCCCUCUACCUCCUCAUGCUUGCACAAAUGACGGCCUCAGGCCUCCACAUAAUUCACAGCUUGGAUGAAGUCAACUUUAUCCAGAACCUUGUGUUCUACAUUGAAGCUGCCUACAAAACUGCGGACUUUGGCAUAUGGGAGCGUGGGGACAAGACAAACCAAGGCAUCACCGAGCUGAAUGCCAGUUCUGUCGGCAUGGCCAAGGCUGCCCUGGAGGCACUGGAUGAGCUGGAUCUCUUUGGAGCCAAGGGAGGCCCGCAGUCGGUGAUACGGGUGCUGUCAGAUGAGGUGCAGCACUGCCAGUCGAUCCUCCACUCAAUGCUGCCCAGGGCCUCCACAUCCAAGGAGGUGGAUGCCAGCGUGCUCUCUGUCAUCUCCUACCCGGCAUUUGCUGUGGAGGACAGCGAGCUGGUAGAAAUCACCAAGCAGGAGAUUAUCACCAAGCUGCAGGGGCGCUAUGGCUGCUGCCGCUUCCUCCGGGAUGGAUACAGGACUCCCAAAGAGGACCCCAAACGCCUCUACUACGAACCUGCUGAGCUGAAGCUCUUUGAGAACAUUGAGUGUGAGUGGCCUCUCUUCUGGGCAUACUUGAUGAUUGAUGGGAUUUUCAGUGGAAACAUGGAGCAGGUGCAGGAGUACCGGGAAGCCCUUGAGGGGGUUCUUAUCAAGGGGAAGAAUGGGGUACGCCUGCUGCCAGAGCUGUACAGUGUCCCACCGGAUAAGGUGGAUGAAGAAUACAGGAAUCCGCACACUGUGGACAGGAUACCCAUGGGCAAGCUGCCACACAUGUGGGGACAGUCCCUCUACAUCCUGGGCUGUCUGAUGGCCGAGGGGUUUCUAGCUCCCGGUGAAAUAGAUCCCCUCAACCGCCGUUUCGCAACUGUCCCUAAACCUGAUGUGGUGGUCCAAGUGUGUAUCCUGGCUGAAACAGAGGGGAUCAAGGCAAUCCUGCAGAAGGAGGGCAUUAACGUGGAGACUGUGGCAGAUGUCUACCCCAUCAGAGUGCAGCCUGCUCGCAUCCUCAGCCACAUCUAUGCCCGGCUGGGCCGCAACAAGCAGAUGUGCCUUACUGGACGGCCCUACCGGCAUAUGGGUGUCCUUGGGACCUCCAAGCUCUACAAAAUCAGGAGGAGCAUCUUUACCUUUACCCCACAGUUCAUAGACCAGCAGCAGUUCUACCUGGCUCUUGACAACAAGAUGAUUGUGGAGAUGGUGAGGACGGACCUCUCCUACCUGUGCAGUCGGUGGAGGAUGACUGGGCGACCAACCAUCACCUUCCCCAUCUCCCACACCAUGCUCGAUGAGACCAGCAGCAGUGUGCAUCCCACGCUGCUGGCGAUGCUGCGGAAGCUGCAGGAUGGGUAUUUCGGCGGUGCAAGAAUUCAGACUGGUAAAUUGUCGGAGUUCCUGACAACAUCAUGCCGAACACACCUCAGCUUUAUGGACCCUGGGCCAGAGGAGGACACCGACGAUGAGGUUGCUCAGUAUCUGGAUCACCUGCUGCAGCACACGACUCCCCAGUCAAACCUGCCUCCGACCACCCAGCGGGGAGGGCUGAGCCGCUUCAGGGCUGCUGUCCACACCACCCGUGACCUCAUGUCCCUGGCAUCCAAGGCCAAGGACCUGCAUGUCCAGAAUGUUGGGAUGUAUGUCCCCAGCAGGAUCUUCCAGGCAUCGCAGCAGUCAGUCAAGCUUUUGAGUUCACUCCAGCAGCCUGACUUGGACAGCAAGAGCCAUGCACUCUAUGCAGAGAUGAACUUGCCACGUGAUGAGGAUGGCAACGUGGACUGCAAGGCACUGGUGGACCAGCUGCGCGUCUGCCCCACGCUGCAGGAGCAAGCAGACAUCCUUUACAUGCUCCACAUGCUCAAGGGACCCGAGUGGCACACAGGGCUUGAUAGUGAGCCUGGACCCACCGUCAAGGAGCUCCUCACGGAGCUGUAUGUGCGGGUGGGGGAGGCACGCCAGUGGGCCCUGAUCCGCUACAUCUCUGGCAUCCUCAAGAAGAAGGUUGAAGCUCUGGAUGAGGCCUGUACUGACCUCCUGUCUCACCAGAAACACUUGACAGUGGGGCUGCCCCCAGAGCCACGUGAGAAGACAAUCACCGCCCCAAUCCCCUAUGAGGAACUCGUUCGCCUUAUUGAUGAAGCCAGUGAGAAGAACCUCAGUGUGUCUAUCCUCACCCAGGAGAUCAUGGUGUACUUGGCCAUGUACAUACGCACACAGCCUUCACUGUUUGCUGAGAUGUUCCGCAUCCGCAUUGGGCUCAUCAUCCAGGUGAUGGCAACGGAGCUGGCACACUCCCUGCGUUGUUCAGCUAGAGAAGCCACAGAGAACCUGAUGAAUCUCAGCCCAUCAGACAUGAAGAAUCUCCUCUACCACAUCCUCUCUGGCAAGGAGUUUGGGGUGGAAAGGAGUGUGCAUUCAGAGGACUCGUCGCUGACCACUGCUGUCUCCAUCUGUGACAUGGGAGCUGGCGGGACCACCAGGCCUGAGCGCAGUGGCCUCGUCAGGCUGAAAAGUGAAAUCAAGCAGCAAUUGGAUAAACGUAGGCAGUCUCUGCCUGGGAGUAAGCCCCUCAGUUUGCAGUCCGGGGACACCGACCUCAGAUCCUCUCUGUCUACUGGGCACACAGAGCUGCUGUGCAAGGACUCCUUUUCAAGCAAGCUAGAAGAGCAGGGCAGUACGGACAACCGGCAGGGCCAGUGGCAGCGGAGGCGCCGCCUGGAUGGGGCCCUGAACCGUGUCCCUGUGGGCUUCUACCAGAACGUCUGGAAGGUCCUGCAGAAGUGCCACGGUCUCUCUGUGGAGGGCUUUGUUCUUCCCUCCUCAACAACCAGAGAGAUGACCCCAGGGGAAAUGAAGUUUGCUGUGCAUGUGGAGUCUGUCCUCAACCGUGUGCCCCAGCCAGAGUACAGGCAGCUGCUGGUGGAAGCGAUCUUAGUGCUCACCAUGCUGGUGGACAUGGAGGUGCACACCAUUGGUGGCAUCAUAGCUGUGGAAAAGAUCUUGCACAUGGCCAAUGACCUCUUCUAUGAGGAGCAGAAAGCCCUGGGCGCUGAUGAGCAGAUGCUGGAGAGGGAUCCUUCGACAGGCAUCUGCAGCCUGCUGUAUGACAGUGCACCGAGCGGCCGCUUUGGCACCAUGACCUACCUGUCCAAGUCGGUGGCCUUGUACGUGUACGACUUUCUGCCCGCAGAUGGCUGCUCCAUGCAGUAGCUUUUGCAGUUCUUCACUGAUCAGCUUGUAAAGAUGAACACUAGGUUAGUUUGUGUGGCCAUCUCUCCUCCCAGUCCUGGCCUCUUGGUGGGUGAGCAGCCCUCUGAGGAACUCCACAGGAGGCAUAUGUCCUAAACUGACCUGUGCCUGUGUGGCCUGUGGAGCAUGGGAAAGACUGAGCUUUGAAGUGUACUUGUGUUAGAAGGUUCUGUUUGCAUGACUCUUCCUGAUUCAUCACCCCUGGAAAUCCCUGAGGGAUUUGGAAAGGGUUCCCCUGAGCAGACCUGUGUGCUCAGCAUUACAAUGCUCUCUGACCAGCUCACACUCUCCCUGCCUCCAGUAGGUUUACAGUUUUUAACCUCUUCUGUGCUGCUUUGUAUUCCAAAUCUGUAGGAUUUAUGCUAGUGCAGGCUGAGGCUCUUGCUCUUCCUGCUGCUGAUGGAAAGGUUUUGCUAGAGAAAUAGUGGAUGGUGCCUGAGCCUUUCUCCCAGCACAUCCAAAAUCAAUAUGGUCCAGCCCAGCCACAGCUGUGCUGCUUGGAAUCAGGCAGCCCAUCAUCCCCCGCUGGGUGUCCUGUGUGCAGAGCUGGGGAGGUCAUGGUAGCCAGGAUCCGUUUGACCUCCAGGCUGCUAGUACAGGGCCUCUGGCUGGCUGGGACAUGCCAGUGGCAGCCCCUCUGUGCCAUCUACUCUAUCCCUGGCAGUAGUGCUAGUGGCCAAGUCACAGGUUCCUGAGUUCUCAUGCCCUGUGAAGCAGCUCUGAGCUGGCUAUCUGGUGUUACCUGUGCAAUCGAAACCAUGCUUUUAAUCCUCCUCUCUGGCUUCUGCUCCAUCUCCCACAGCCUGGCACAGAGGGGGUGGGGACAUAGUGGAUCCCUGCUCUAAUCUACCCUGCAGGUCAUCCCCCGCUCAGGAUGGUGUGUUUGGGCUGAUGAGGAUCAGGCACACAUGCCACAAAGUGGUAGAAGAGGUGGGGUUCCCUUUUGGCUCUCUGGUUCACCUCCCUAAGAUGUCAGGUGUGCUUCAGUACACUCAGCAUGUUGAGCAACAGGCCAAGAACCCUCACUUGCACUCUCUGACCUUGCAAUGUCCCACAGCUUGUCACAGGCCAGCCCAAUAUCAUCUAUGUCCCGCUCCAAGACUGGUUUACAGCUCUCAGUGAGCAAAGCUCUCAGCAAAGAUCCUCUUUCCCUUUGGGAAAGGUUGAUCACAUCUAACAGUGGCAUGCCUUGUUAAAAAAAUUAAAAAACCUGACAUUGUGGCAGUGACAUCAGCCACCAAGCCAUAUAUUCAGCAGACUGAGUCCAUCUCUUUCAAUGUCACUGCCCACAACUGGAAGGACAGAGGAAAGAAACUGUUCCAGAAUUCCUUACCAGGCCCUGAAGUCUCCUUUGACUGCCCUGGGACUAUGUGUUGCAGUUCCAUUGUCACCCACAUGGAAGAGCAGCAGUGGAUAACAGUCUGAAGCUGAACCCAGCUGGGAAGUUUCCUAGUGCUGUGCUUAACCUGGGCCCCAAGGAAGCAGCAGACUUCCCCAAGAGGACUCUGUGUCUGUGUGGCACAUUGGACCCUCAGAAAGGAUUCGCCUACAGCUGUAACUCAUCUCUCUUGUAGAGGUGGACAUGGUCUGAGGUGUCACAGCCAUGGCAACACCUCUGGUGUAGAUGGACUAACAUCCACAUCAUCCAUCGCCUGGCCUUCCACGUGAGAGCUUCAUACCUGCUGUACAGAGGCAUGUGGGGAAGCAAGGUGGGCAAGGAGGGGGUUUGCCUGCCUCCACCCACUCCUUUCCUUUAAGUUACUGCCUUCACCUGGCAAGGGAGGAUACAGGAUCCUCUUGAACUUGAGUGUUUUGGCCUGGCUGUUCCUGUCAGGCAGGGCAGAGCCUAGUUCUACCAGUCUUUCUCAGACUUCCUUAUGCCCCUUAAUCUUUCUACAUCCUCUCAUAGCUGAGCCCCGAGGGCUGGCAGAUCUUGGCCACACUGAACACAGCUGUUCUUAGCACUGCCAUCCUUCCCAGUGAAAGGCUCUGGCAGUCCCUGCACGCAGAGGCCUGGAUGGCUGUGUGCUUUCAUGGGAGCUCUGUCUGAGGGGCCAUGUCCACUCCAGGAAGCACAGAAGGUGUGGUUUGUGCCGGGUGGAUGUCACAGCCUGAGCUCCUGAGAGGGUGAUGGACAGCAGCUGAACUUGUCUCUUGGGCUGGCAGGGCGACAGUGCCCAUGCCAUGUGCCAACACCAUGCUCUGCCUGUGGAGCACCCUGGGCUGGCUGUGUGUGAGCGCAGAGGUGGCUGCCAGGCAAAAAAAUCAGCCACUCCACUAUGGAUAUGGCUGGCACCAAAGCCAGAUGUUUUCUUGUGUGUGUGCCUGUGUUUUCUGAUGUCCAGGUUGGUUUGGCCUCAAGGCCAGGUGGUCUCUUGGGGCAGCAGCUCUUCUGUACGUGUGGCUGUAUGGAAGAUCAUGCUUUGAAAAGCCAGUGUCCGUAAAGGAGACAGAGGAGCCCUGCAACUUUAUUCAAAUAAAGGGAGAGAGUCUACUGGGA